CCAUGCGUCAGCCGGAAGUUGUUGUGAUGGCGGAAGUGCUCUAAUGUUUUGGGCGCAGUUCUGCCAAGCUUUCGGACUUUCGGAAUUGGAUCGUGUCGUGAUUUAGAUACAUGUAGAGUUCUCGGUUCACAGCACGACCGGUGUUCCGCCCAGGACCGUGAAGAUGGCCGACCCCAGUGAUGUCAGUCUGCAGCCAGUGGAGCGAGUUCGAAUCCUCACCAAGAAGGGAAGCACGGUGGAGAUCAACGACGAGGUUCCGCUGCGCCGCUACUUCCGCUCCGGCAUGGAGAUGAUCCGCAUGGCCAACGUCUACGCCGAGGAGGGCAACAUCGAGCGCGCCUUCGUCCUCUACAACAAAUACAUCACUCUCUUCAUAGAAAAACUUCCCAAACAUCGGGAUUAUAAAACUGCUAAUAUUCCCGAGAAGAAGGACACGCUAAAGAAACUGAAGGAUGUCGCUUUUCCUCAAGCCGAAAUUCUGAAAUCGGCUCUUCUAAGGAGAUUCGAACAAGAGUAUGCACAGUAUCUUGUCAAGAAGAAGGCGGAGGAGGAGGCGCAGGCCUUGGAGCUGUCCCGGAAGCGAGCCCUGGAUGCGGAGCGGGAGCGGGUGGCGGAGAUGCAGCGGCGGCAGCAGGAGCAGGAGCAGUUCAGCGCCUUCGAGGAGAUGAUCCGCCGCCAGGAGCUGGAGAGGGAGCGCCAGCGCGUGCUGCUGGAGUUCGCCACGCCCGCCGCGCCUUCCCCCGACACGCCGCUCAUCCCGGGAAUCCAGGGGCCGCCCGUCGUCUCUCCCACGCCCCCGCACAGCCCGGGCGACCCGUCCGGCGGCACCAACCACCAAAACAACCGCACCGCUUUUCCGUCCGUUUCCCCGCCCGGCUUCGACCGGUCCCUGAAGCCCGGCUCCCUGGUCAGCCCGGGGAACAACAAUAUGGCGGUGGAUGCUCUUCGCCAGCUCUCCGUUCCUUCCGAGCUGUGCAGGAGCUUCCUGCGACUGGCCGAGGCCAACACCAGCCGGGCCGUGGAGACGUGCGGCAUCUUGUGCGGAAAACUGACCAGAAACGCGUUCGCCGUGACGCACGUCAUCGUUCCCAAGCAGUGUGGGGGCCCGGAUUAUUGCGACACGGAGAACGAGGAGGAGCUCUUCCUCAUCCAGGACCAGUACGACCUCAUCACCCUGGGAUGGAUCCACACUCACCCGACACAGACGGCUUUCCUGUCCAGCGUGGACCUCCACACCCACUGCUCGUACCAGAUGAUGCUGCCCGAGGCCAUCGCCAUCGUCUGCUCGCCCAAGUUCAACGAGAUCGGCUACUUUAAACUGACAGAUCGAGGGACCAAUGAGAUCUCCUCGUGCAGGCAGAAAGGUUUCCACCCCCACAGCAAAGAUCCACCCCUCUUUACACACGCCGGACACAUCACCAUCUCUGACAACGCCGUCACCGUGAUGGAUCUGCGGUGAUUUUAGGACCCGCCCACACACCAGGAACCUUUUAAAGACUGUUCCACCAAAGCGGAGAUGUUUUAUUUCUUUACGCUUGGAAGGACUUAUAGGAAGGACUUAAGCAGCGUUAUAUUCCCUCCCCACGCCCUCUCUCUCUCUCUCUCUCUCUCUCUCUGUGUCUCUUUGUGCUCUCUCACCCCACCCCCUUUUGGCAAGCGGGCUGUUUGUGAUUCAAGUGCCAAGGAUGAGAAGGUUGCUCAACAUGCAGGUCGGUGUAAACUCAGGUACGCAGGCGGCGUCGCUGACCCUCCCUCCGCAGCAUCCUUUUACACUCCGACAGGCGGCAGAAGGUCAUCUUCCCGUCCCACCGAAUCCUUGCUUUCAGAGAGCGUGAAUGUAACUUCUCCUGAUCGUUGUUCUGGCCUCUCUCCAAGUCUGUCUGCCCCCCCCCCCCCCCAACCCCAACCCAAUAUGUGGUAUCCGUUGGUAUGCUGUGUAUGCCCAUAUCUUCACUUCAGUCUAUGCCAAGACUAAAUAAACUCUUUGGA